AUGCAAACAAAUUGGGAGGAUUUUGUACAAGAGCUAAAAGAUUUACAUCCAGAUAUAGUGAAUGUUGUUCGUUUAAAAAAUAAAGCACAACAGCCAAUACGUGCAGUUAAACUAGAAUUUUUAUCAGCAAGUUCUCGUAAUGAAAUUUUAGAAGCCGGUGAAAUCUCAAUUAUGCAUAUAAAAUAUAAGGUGGUUGAAUUUUUUGCUCAAGCAAACGUGUUGAUCUGUUCGAAUUGCUAUGGAAUAGGGCAUUUUAGAAAGAAUUGUAAUCAGAAGAAUGAAGCAACGUGUAAAACAUGUAGCGAAAAGUGUUCCAACUUAAAAGAGCAUCGUUGUUCAGGUAUUCAAAAAUGUGUGCACUGUGGAGGACCACAUGUUUCAAAUGAUGCGAAAUGCAACGUAAUACAACAGUACAGAACGGUUCUCACUCGAAAUUUAUUAUCAAAAAUAACUCCAACCAACACUGAAAACGUGAUUCCAAAUCAAUGUUUCAACAACCUACCACACACUGGUCUCACAACAACAAAUGAAUUAUCCUAUGCCAAUGUAGUUAAAGGAACGACAUCAAACUCAAAUGAAUUAUUAAUGAAAAAGAUUGAUAGUAUUUUAACAAAAGUAGAAGAAGAAUCUAAUUCGACUCGUCAAUCGAUAGAAGAAUUGAAAAAAGAAAUGAAAAAUCACUACGAAGAAACAAAACAACAAGUUGCUGAAUUAGAGGAAAAGGUCAUGGUAAUGGAGAAAAAAUUUUAUGACUUCUCGGUACGAACUGGGGAAAUUAUUCAAAAUAUUUGCACAACUCUAAUGGAACCACAAAAUUCUCAAGGACAACAAUGGAAAACUUAUUGGCAAGAACAAAUUAAAGUGAUGGCUGAUUCCAGAUCAUCAAUCGCAAAAUCGUCAAAAAAUCAUCAAAAUGGUCCAACCAACUAG